AUGCACCGAGAUCACAAAUUUUGGCUCCUGUUUCUUGCCAUAACGAUAUCGAUGUUUCUUGCUGCGCUCGAGCUGACCGCUGUCUCGACGGCACUUCCUACCAUCGCCGCAGCUUUGAAUGGCGAGGAUUUUGUGUGGAUUGGAUCCGCCUAUACGCUGUGUUCCACGGCAUUCGUACCCUUCAGCGGUGGACUUGCGCAGGUGUUCGGUCGGAAACUGGUUAUGCUGGGCAGUUUGCUAAUCUUCGCUGUGGGAAGCGUCGUCUGUGGUUCAGCCAAGACGAUGAACGCACUCAUUGGUGGUAGAGCUGUUCAGGGUCUAGGCGGUGGUGGCAUUUUGGCGCUCACUCAGAUCAUCGUGUCCGACAUUGUUCCUCUUCAUGAGCGAGGGAUGUUCAACGGUCUGAUCGGAAUGGCUUGGGCGGUAGCGUCUACUGUUGGACCUGUUACCGGCGGUGCGUUGUCCAGCAACGGCCAAUGGCGGUGGAUCUUCUACCUCAAUAUCCCAAUAACUGGGCUGGCAGCUACCCUUGUCGUUUUGUUCCUCAAGCUGAAGACACCUGAAGGUACUUUCAAAGAGAAAAUCAGCCGUCUUGACUGGAUCGGCAACAUCCUCGUGAUAGCUGCUACGGCAUCGAUUGUAGUCUCACUGAGCUGGGCCGGCAUUCAACAUCCUUGGUCCUCGACUCAAGUUCUUGUGCCUCUAAUCCUUGGCCUCCUUGGCCUGGCUGGCUUCCUCUUGUACGAAGCCGUAGUUGCGAAACACUCCAUUGUCCCCUUCGGUAUUCUGAACAAUCGCACCGCUGUUAGCGGGUAUCUUCAGACCUUUUUUCUCUAUAUAGCUGUGAUCGGUCUCAUCUAUUAUCUUCCCGUGUAUUUCCAGGCAUGCAAAGGUGCAUCUCCCACCCGAAGCGGCGUUCUGGCUUUCGGUCUUGGACUUAGCGUACCCCCUGCCGCAAUCCUCGGCGGCGCCAGCGUAACGCGACUACAAAAAUAUCGUCCUCAACUGUGGUUGGGCUGGAGUCUCUUGAUCACCGGACUGGGUCUCAUGAGUACAGUAAAUGCUGGGGUCUCCGUCGCGCAUACGAUCGGAUACACAAUUAUCAUGGGUUCAGCGGUGGGAGCUGUCAGCGCCGUGGGAUAUUUCCCCGUCCUCGCACCGUUACCCGUCUCGGAGAAUGCUCGCGCGAUGGCCUUCUUCGUCUGCUUGCGCAAUUUUGCUCAGGUCUGGGGUGUCACGAUCGGCGGCACAGUCCUCCAGAACCAGCUUACACAGAACCUCCCCUCCGCCUUCACCUCUCAGCUCCCUCAAGGAACUGCCAUCGCUUAUGCAGCUAUACCCGUCAUUGGAGAUCUGUCAGAACCUCUACGGUCACAAGUGCGCGUCGCAUUCGCUGAUGGGUUAAUCGUGUUUUGGGAGGUGCUUAUCGGGAUAGUGGGGCUAGGAUUGCUGGCGAGUUUGGCGAUGCGGCAUCAUCCGCUUCACACGAAAACGGACGAGGAUUGGGGAAUGCGGGCUGCCGGUAAAGAGACAGAUGCGGAAAAGACGUCACUCCAGUGA